AUGAGUCAGAACUGACUCGACAGUGGCUAACAACAACAGCAGCAGGCACAUUAUGUGUGUUACUGCAUUUAAUCUUUACACCAGCCCUGUAAGGUAGGUACUUUACUUAUACUGUGUUAUUGACUGUUUUACAAAUGAAGAACCUGAAACUCAGAAGAUUGUACAUCUUGGUGGAGCCAUAUUUCUAACCAAGUCAACCUUUGAGCUUUUCCUUCAUGUAAGGAUGAUAUUGUGUUCAGUUCUGUUUCUGGUAUAGUUAGCCCCUUGUGUAGAGUGCAUUUUAGGGUUUGAGCCUGUUUUGAUGAUUAUUUUGAUUUACUGAUGGAAGACUGUUCAGCAGGGAAGUCUCUAAUGCUUCUGCUGGGAGUUUAGAGGAAUGGCAUCACCAAACUGCUUGGUUUUAACUUACAUUUUUUUAAACAAAAUUUACUGUAGGGAAUGGAAAUUAUGAAGAAAAUACACCAUACCUCUUUUUGUUGUGAAGUUUAUUGGCUGCUGUUAUCGAUUCUUAUUAAAAUUAAAGCACCAGCAAACUCAUUGGACCAAUAAAUAUUUUCAAGACAUCCAGAUUACCAAUGCCACUUCUCUUUUUUCUUGUGGCUCCACCCCCUUGGACUAUCUGCCUAAGAAAAAUUAAUGUCUGCCUGUAGCAGAUGCAUACUUGUUUCUCCCCUGAAACCAACAAGGCUUAAUGAAAACUCUAGAAAGUAGGAACUUGUGGGAAAGAAGAGAAAAGAGACCAGUUCACAAGGUUCCUGGGUGGAGCUGCCAAUGAACAGCAGCAAUGGCAAUGAUAAUGGCAAUGGGAAAAAUGGGGGACUAGAACAUGUACCUUCUUCAUCCUCUAUCCACAAUGGAGACAUGGAGAAGAUUCUUUUGGAUGCACAACAUGAAUCAGGACAGAGUAGUUCAAGGGGCAGUUCUCAUUGUGACAGCCCUUCCCCACAAGAUGGACAGAUUAUGUUUGAUGUAGAAAUGCAUACUAGCAGGGACCAUAGCUCUCAGUCAGAAGAAGAAGCUACAGAAGGAGAGAAAGAAGUUGAGACUUUGAAGAAAAGUGUAGAGUGGGUAUCUGACUGGUCCAGUAGACCUGAAAACAUUCCACCUAAGGAGUUCCACUUCAGGCACCCUAAACGUUCUGUUUCUUUAAGCAUGAGAAAAAGUGGAGCCAUGAAGAAAGGGGGUAUCUUCUCUGCAGAAUUCCUUAAGGUGUUCAUUCCAUCUCUCUUCGUUUCUCACGUUUUGGCUUUGGGGCUAGGCAUCUAUAUUGGAAAACGACUGAGCACAUCUUCUGCCAGCACCUACUGAGGGAAAGAAAAGCCCCUGGAAAUGCGUGUGACCUGUGAAGUGGUGUUAUUGUCACAUUAGUUUAUUUGAACUUGAGACCACUGUAAGCAUGACCCAACCUACCACCCUAUUUUUACAUAUCCAAGUUCCAGUAACUCAAAAUCCAGUAUUUUAUUCAAACUCUGUUGAGGCAUUUUACUAACCUCAUUCCCUUUUUGGCCUGUAAGACACUUCAGAAUUUCCUAACAGAGUUUACUGCUGUUUAGAAAUUUGCAAGGGCUUCUUUUCUGCAAAUGCCACCAGCAGAUUAUAAUUUUGUCGACAAUGCUGUUGUCUCCUUUUAGUCAGCACCAGACUUAGAUCUGCAUCAUUGAUGGUAUAAAUUUUACUCUUGCAAGAUAACUACGUCCCUCUGCUCAAAUGAGAUCAGGUUAGCAAAUGAUAAUAAAGCUUUGUUUUUUUCAAGACAAAGGCAAGCUUCCCCAAACUUGAAUUUAUAGUUAUUACAAAAGAAAAUAAAAACAGACAAAAACAACAACAACAAAAAAGACACAAGUUAAAAAAAAAAAUCCUGGGCAAUAAAAAAAUUAUUUUAAACCAGCUUUGGAGCCGCCUUUUGUCUGAGCCUCCUAAUAGAGACUUUUAGUUUGUAGGAGGCAGGCUAUACAAAUAAUAGAUACAAAAUAGAAUAAGAACUAAAACACAUCAGCAGAUUUUAAUACUAGUAUAUUGUAACGUCUUUUCUAUCAUGUAGAAUCUUUGUUUCUGAUAAGGAAUGUCUCAGGCCUAGAAAUAUAUGAAAUUGCUUUGGGAUUUUUGUGUAUGUUUGGUAUUUUUAUGUUUUUUAGCUGCAUGUGAAUUUUUCUUAAUUUUCUUUACAUUUUUUUAUUUCUUUUUCUCUCUCUCUCUCUCUCUCUCUAAGAGGCUUUGGAAUGAGUUCCAAUUUGUGUGUAAAUAUAGGCUUCUUGUUUUAGGAAGCAUCACCUAUACUCUAAAGCCUUUAAACUCUGAAGACAGUAAUUUCAGAAUUAUUCCAAGCGUGUGGGCAACUCUGAGAAACAGACUUGGGUCAUGGGAACAACUGACAGAAUUCUGAAAAGAUGCCAUUUGUUUGCUUCUGAUCUCGUAUUAUUAUUGUUUACUGUACAAUCUUCCCAAGGUGAUUCCUGUCAUUCUGCAGGCACUGGUGAUUUUCUCAUGUAGCCAUCUUUUCAGUUAUGUUAAACUGCUGAAAUUCCAGCACUCUCAGCAACUUCUUCCUUCAGUGGCACACUUUUUUUCUUUCUCUAAAAUGUGAAGCUUUAGGACCAAAUUGUUAGAAAGCAUCAGGAUUAUCAGUUACUUCAAGUAGAUUUUAUUGGAUUUCAGAACACAUAGCGUGGCUUUGAAGGAUACUACUAACUACUAUAUGUUUUAUAUUUAAAUAAUUACUGUUUAUGAUAUAGACAUUACUGUUGAAUAUUUAAGAGAAACAUUGUUAAUUUUAAAGCUAGCAAUCUGUUCAUUAAAUAAGGCGCAUCAGGUUAACUUGAAUAAAAACACUACGACAACCAGGUUUGCCAGUUUUCAGAAACUCUUUACUCUCUCACAUCAAGUUUUGCAAAUUGAUGUUAUACUAGAAAAUAACAAAAAAUUAAUUUCAAAUAUAUUUUUUCAAAAAUAUAGCUGCUUAUCUUUAAGAAAGAUGAUAUAUCCAAAAUCCUUUUCUGAAUUAUUUUUCUUUUUUUCUAGCAUUUGAUGUCUGAAUAAUUUUGGGUAUCUUUUUAUUUUACCUUAUUUCUAUAUUAAUCUUAAACCCGGUCACUCGAUUUGCCUUCUGUAACCUGUUUAUUUCAAGUGUCCACAUUUGAAUCUCUUUUGGAAGAAAGUAAAUUUGAUGUCCUCUGAUUUUGAAAAGCCUGAAUAAAAUUGAAAAGAGAACUAAAUAGAUAACACCUUACUUUGUACUAUAAUUGGCAUCAUGGGAGAGAAAAGAAUUAUACUUAAAGUAAAAGCAACUUUUUACAGUCACCACAUUGCCUUCUUUACAAAUUCUGUAGUGAUUGUAUUGGUGGUAUGAUUAGAACUUGGGGUGUAUUUUUUUUUUCAAUAUUAAAAAUAAAUUUAGUUCUACCCUUUUUCUUAAAGUAUCUGUGGAAUUAUGGAAUCUUAAAAAAUGAAUACAUAAUCACAGUAGAACUUAACCAUAAGAUGAAAUGAUGCAGUAUUUAUUGGUAGCCCUAAUAUAUGGAAUGAAUGUUUAUGACUCCUACCCAGAUUUACAUUGAACAGAAACAGAUUGUAUUAUUGGAAGGGAGAACCACAAUUAACAGUUGAAAUUUUAAGGUAAUGUUUUAAAAGCUUUACACCUGUUUACAAUUGGAGAUGAAAAGGAAGGCUUGAUUUUUCUCAUGUUUGAUGAAAACUGGCUUAAACUAUUUGUAAGUAGAUUCAUGAGCAAAAGUGUACAAACUUGCACAUUAAAAAAUGUAACACGUUAUCUUGAUUGCAGUAAAAAUAUUUACCAUUAUAAAAAAUGAAAAUUGGGAACUCAGCCAGUGAGUUGAUUUUUUAAGUGAACCAGUUGUUGAUAUUAUUGGGAAUAACUGAGCCAAAGUGAUUAUGCGUUCUUCAUCUAUUUAGUUAGCACUUUGUACCAUUAUAUACAGUUUACAAUACAUGUAUAACUUCUAGCUCUAAACAUUUUGUGUCAUUAAAGCUCUCACUAAACUUUU